UUCCGCCAGAAGAAGAAGGGACACUUCCUGUACAUAUUUCACAAUAAAAGAUGUGGAGGCUCAGUUUCCACGACCCUGCACCACACCAGAUGCUCUACAGGCCCGGAUGUGUUGCCCCCUCUGGAACGGCUCUCCUUGUGGGUUUAGGUCAGGGAGAGGAGUGUGUGCUCCACAUCCUGCAAGAGACCUCCCAAAACCAGUGGACUACAGAGUGAAUUGGCCUCGUGUUUUCUAUGAUUCAGUGUGUACAUGCUGGGGAAACUAUGAUGGAUUUGACUGUAGUCAAUGCCUUCCAGGCUGGAAAGGACCCCGAUGUCUGCAAAGGCACCAUGUAGAGAGGAAAGAGAUAACAGAUCUGACUGACGGGGAGAGAGAAACCUUCUUCUCCAGCCUGCAACAGGCAAAACAUAGUGUCAGCAGCCGUUACAUGAUCCUUACAAGCAAUGACACAACAGUGGAUGAGAACGUUGCAUUUAUCAACGCAACUGUCUAUGAUCUGUAUGUAUGGAUGCACUACUAUUCAGCUAAAAACUAUGCUGGUUCUGCAAACAAUGCUGCACACAAGGGCCCUGCUUUUAUAUUCUGGCACCGAGUUUUUCUGCUCUUUAUUGAGAGAGAGAUCAGGGAGCUCACUGGGAACCAAGAUUUCUUCAUCCCAUAUUGGGACUGGACCAGAACCAACCACUGCAACAUCUGCACCAACAAGUACUUCGGGGGAGUUGGCCCAGGUGGUCGUAUAGACAGCGCUUCCCCUUUCUCAAAGUGGAAGACCAUAUGUCCAUUUCAGGAAAGUCUUCAUAUAAUCUGCAUCCACACUGAUGCCUCUGAUCCUCCACAUCUGAUACGCAACCCCGGAAAGGAUCCUGUGUAUGAUACACUGCCAACUGCUGAAGAUGUUGAGGACACAUUGGCAUCAAAACAUUUUGACAGCCCCCCAUUUGACAGAACAUCUAAGAACAGCUUCCGAAGCAAGCUAGAAGGUUUUGAUGUUCCCAAAGAUUCCCGACACCUGAGCGACUCCAUGCACAACCUGGUUCACAGAUACUUAAAUGGCACAAUGACUCUGGUCCCUACUGCAGCCAAUGACCCCAUAUUCAUGGUGCAUCACAGCUUCGUUGACAAGCUUUUCGAGAUGUGGUUGCAGGACCACAAGGAUGCGACCUACCCUGAUAGUGACCAGGUCCAACCAGCCCAGAGAGCGAAGGCCAACAUGGCUCCUUUCUUCCCGCUCCGCACCAACGACUAUUACUGGGGCAGGGACAUCCAGAGCCUGGGUUACAGCUACAUGGAAUACAGUUUCUUUAAUACUGAAGGGUUUCUAAAGAAAUUUACAGGAAUCUACUGGAAGUGGCUUGUUCUGGGUGUGUGUGCUACUGUGCUGGUCUGUAUUAUUUUAGGAGUUAUCAUUAAAUGCAAAGACAAAAUAUGUCGAAGGCAAAACACAGGCACAGACGUGGAUCAGUCAGAGGAACACCAACUCUCUGCCCUCUGUCUGGAUGAAAGAGAGAAUUGACCACACUGACAACUCACCAUCAUUACCAGCCGACGUCACCUAUUGUGAGAAUAUUUCACGAGACGCAACAAUCAGUCAACUGCGAAUGUGGAAAUACACCUUUAGACUCAGAAAGGUGGAGAGUGGAUCAGCUGAGAAACAUACGAAAAUCUUAAGUAUAGGACACCAAUAAAUGAAAGCUCAUAUCAGCAUACAGGGGUUAUUAUCAUUAUUAGUCAUAUUUAUAUUAUUAUCAUUGUUGUUGUUAUUAUUAUUGUUGUGCUUCUCCGUGUC